AUGGGCGGAGUUGCGUCGGCGGUGGGCAGAGAUGUGUCAGCAUGGGCCAUCGCUGAUGCCGAUGCAACUCUGCCCACCGCUGACGCCGACGCAACUCUACCCAUCGCCGACGCUGACACAACUCCACCCACCACUGAUGCCGACGCAACUCUACGCAUCGACGCUGACACAACUCCGCCCACAGCCAACGCUACUCCACCCACAACCGUCAUCACUCACCUCCUCCACAGAGUGAAAAAAGAAAAUGAUUUAAAUCAGUUCUUUGGAAUCCAAGCUCCUGACACGAUAUUUGAAAAGUACACUCAACUUUUGAAUAUUGCUGAGAGAACAUGUAGCUAUACUGGAUUGGAAACAAUCUCAAAGUCAACAAGAAUUCGAAUUAUCAACUUUAUUCUUCAGAGGACAACUGUCCCAAAUUGUGGAGGUCUUCAUGAAUUUCUAAGCAAUAAGACAUUUGAAACAGCCUUCCCACUUCAUGAGAAAAAAAUUUGGAACGAAGAACACCCAUUUCUGCAUAACUGGGCUAAUUGGAAAUGUUUGUUAGAUGCACAACCAAUCAAUGAGAUAAGAUUGUAUUUUGGAGAGCGUCUUGCCUUGUAUUUUGCAUGGCUUGGUUGGUAUACUACCAUGCUGAUUCCUGCUGCCAUAUGUGGAGUCAUAGUCUUUUUAUAUGGAUUAUUCUAUUUUGGAGAUAGCCAAGUGAGUAAGGAAAUCUGCAAUGCUCACACAAUAAUCAUGUGCCCAAGAUGUGAUCAGACGUGUCCAUUGUGGAAGCUUUCUGAUACAUGCUUCUAUGCAAAGAUUACACAACUGUUUGAUCAAGAAAUAACAGUUUUCUUUGCUAUGUUUAUGGGAAUCUGGGCCACUGUGUUUCUGGAGCUGUGGAAACGAACCCGAAUAAAAGUUGUCAGCGAGUGGGAUUUGUUCCACUGGGAUGAGGAUGAGGAAGAACUUGCUCUUGGGCUAAUAUAUGACCCUGAUGUGCCACCGACACAGUACCACUAUUCAUACCUGCGAGCCACAAUAGUCCUCAUGCUGGGAUUUCUUCUGAUUGCCGUUAUAAUCAGUAUCGCACUUGGCAUUGUGAUAUUCCGAAUUGUGCUGAAUGUUAUAUUAACAAAAACAUCAGUGGCUUUUGUACAUGAACAUGCCAGUUCGAUGGCUGUGAUAAUUAGUGCUGUGAUGCAUUUCUUGACAAUUAUAAUCAUGACUAAGGUCAACUAUGCAGUUGCAAGGAAGCUGUGUGCACUAGAAAGGACACGCACUGUGUUAGCCCGAGAAAACAGCUUCACUGUAAAAAUGUUCACAUUCCAGUUCUUCACAAUGUUUACUUCUAUUGUUUACAUCGCUUUUUUUCUGGGAAGGAUCAAUGGGCAUCCAGGUAAUUAUGUGAGAGUAGCUAAGAAAUGGCGAUUAGAAGAGUGCCAUCCAAGCGGCUGCAUGGCAGAUCUCUUAAUUCAAAUGUCGAUUGUUAUGGUGUUGAAACAAUUGCUAACCACGACCAUGGAAUAUGCUAUUCCAAUCUUGAAAAGUAAGUGGAGGAAGAAAUCGAUGCUCUCUACAAAGAAAGUAGAGGACGUAUCUGAACACUGGAUCAAAAAUUACAGUUUAAGUGAAUUCAAUUCUUACUCAUUUUUCAAUGAGUUUUUAGAAAUGACAAUUCAGUAUGGUUUUACCACAAUAUUUGUGGCAGCAUUCCCCUUGGCUCCAUUACUUGCAUUUUUAAAUAACCUGUUUGAAAUUCGUUUGGAUGCCAAAAAGAUGGUUUGGCUUCUCAGGCGACCGAUACCACGAAAAGCAAAAGAUAUUGGAAUAUGGCUGGAUAUUCUGGAAACAAUUGGUGUUCUUGCUAUUAUUGGAAAUGGGUUGGUAAUUUCCAUCACAUCAGAUUUCAUCCCUCGGCAAGUGUACAAGUACAGUUAUGGUUACUGUGCAGAUCAAAAAAAAACCAACAUGGACUGUCUCACUGGGUAUGUUAAUAACAGCCUCUCCGUAUUCUACUUGAAGGAUUUUGAUAAUAAUAUUAUUCCUUCGGAUUAUGGAUCAGGGUUAUUAGGAUUUUCAGUAACCCACUGCAGGUAUCGUGACUACAGAAAUGAAUACAACUAUGAGCAUACUGGUCAAUUCUGGCAUAUUUUUGCUGCUCGUUUGGCCUUCCUGCUCUUAUUUGAGAAUAUUGCUAUUUGCAUUAAGUACCUUGCAGUUUGGUUUAUCCCUGAAGUGCCAGUAUCAGUCCGAAAUCAAAAUCUGACAAAUACAAAUAACCGAUUAAAGGAGGAGCUCAGGAAAGGAAUAAAAGUGGGCUAUGAAGGAUUGCAUGACUAUCUGAAGAACUGGAGACAGAAAAUUGAUUAUGAAAAUACAAAGACAUUUCUUCUCCUAGAGGAUAUUAGCAGGAAGAAGUCCAGCAGCGUCAUGCAAUAUUACGGGGCAUCAUCAGUUAACUUUAUGAAAAAUGUGAAAAUGAAGAUAAUAUAA